AUGGAAGAAUUACCCAGUGUUGAGGCAUCGGAAUAUGGUGGUGAAACUAAGUCGUCGCCGCUCCCGUCGGUUUAUGAACAUAUUGAAGGUAACAGGUGUGUUAAUUCUGCUACAGAAAGGGAGGAGGGGCAUCUGGGAAUCGUAGAAUCCUUCCAGGUGAAGGAUACGAUCCCCCCGACUGUGUCUUCCGUGGUGGAUAGUGAUAGUAAUUCCAGGCAGGACUUGUCUUCAAACGGAGAGAGGAAUUAUGAGUCUGAGCCGGUGUCCGCUAAAAAGAUUGAGUCGCCUCAGAAGAAAAAGGGGAAUCGAGGUCACAUCAGUCACCAAGGAAAAACGAUGUUUCCAAGACCACAGACAUUGCCUAUGUCUAAAGAAUUGAGGGAGUUGACAAGGAAGCAUGCAUUGUUGGAGAAGAAUCUGAAAAUAGAUGGGUUGCCAGAUCCGUUUCCAAAGUUUAGAAAGAGAAGGCUGUCUUUGAGUUCAAAUGUUGGAAGGCCACACGAUAAGGAUGCCCCAGUUUAUAAGAGAAAGAGAUUGGUGUCCGUUGAUACCAGGCCCAAGAGAGACCAUAUGCCAAAGUGGGAGCUGAUGGGUGGAGAUGCACAUGACCCACUGAACCUGAAUGGCUUAGCACAUAGUGAGGAGGGGAGACUGUUGAAUUCAAAGACACCUGAAAGUUCUCCUUUGCGGACGCCGGAUUUUAGGAAAAUUGUUUAUGUGAAAGUUCCACCAAACAUUGAAGAUCCACUGAAUCUGGAAGGGAAACAUGAUCAGAGUGUGAUUGACAAGAUGCUGAAUUCAACAGUGAAGAAACGGCACAGGUCCAAGAAAAAGAAAAAUGAUGACAGUCAUCAAACUGUGCCAGAAACCGUUGCAGCUGCACAGCUGUGCACAGUUAAUUCAGUAGAAGAAUCGGCAAUGGAAGCAUCUGUGCCACAGUCUGAACCGCAAGCAGUCAAGCAAGGAGCAAAAGAGGAUCUUGAAACUAAAACCAUGGAUGUAUCGACCACACCAACUAAACUGCCUGUACCAAUUUCCAGAAGGUCACGAUCAAGGUCACUUAGUAUGAGCCCUGAGAGAAAGUUCAGACGGCAGUUGAGUGGUGGAAAAGGGAAAGCCGGCCCUAAUGAACCCAAGAAGUUUCCAGAGAAACCAAAGUUUACAUUGGGAAAUUAUAAUAGGUACUAUGGUUACCGAAACAAAGACAGUGUGCCAGACCCUCGUCUCCAGUAUUUUGAUCCAUCCUGGUUCAAGGGCAGAGAUGUUCUAGAUAUUGGUUGUAACGUGGGGCACAUAACCCUGGCAGUCGCAGAGCAUUUCCAGCCACACAAAAUUCUGGGGAUGGACAUUGAUGGGAAGCUUAUCCAGGCAGCUCGGCAGAAUAUCCGGCACAUGCUGAGUCUGAGGAGGAAGGAUUCAUCCAAGUAUCCGACCUCAUUUGAGAUGAUACGGGGUCCACGAGAAGCUCAUCCAUUGAUGGGGUUGUCGGAUAAUUUUCCAAAUAAUGUCUUGUUCUUACAGGGCAAUUACGUGCCAGGCAGUGAAGAGAUCUUAAACUUACAAAAGGAGGAAUUUGAUACUAUUCUGGCCCUGUCUAUAACCAAGUGGAUCCACCUCAACAGCGGAGAUGAUGGCCUCAAGCUGUUCUUCCAGAAAAUCUUUCGACAGUUGCGGCCAGGCGGCAGGUUGAUCCUUGAACCCCAGCCAUGGUCCACGUACAGGAAGCGAGCAAAGUUGACGCCGGAGAUGUUUGCAAAGUACCAGGCAAUCAAACUAAAACCAGAGGGUUUCAAGCAUUACCUGCUGUCAAUUGGUUUUGUCAAGUGUGAAGUCGUCGGUGUGCCAGUAACCAAAUCAAAAGGUUUCCGCCGACCGUUAAUUCUGUUCACGAAAAGUGAUAACAGGCAGACUCCAAAUGUGGUGGUGGAAGAGGUGGAUGUGCGUGAGGUCUGCCAGGAAUGUGGCAGCACAAACAAAAACAUGUGUCACCACCCGCAGUUCACCGGCAUGCGGCGGGGGCCUUAUGCUAGCCUCAUGUACGAUCACUUCAACUACCCCUACGCAUCUUCAGACUCACCAUAUGUUUCAUCGUCACGCACAUAUGCAAACUGCGGCUACUCUUUCAACAUGCCAGGCAGCGAGGACCUCCUGGGCCCCCUUGAUAGUGGUGAUGGCAGCAGUGACAUUUCUGCAGGUUUCCAGAGCAAUGGCGAAAGGUGGGGAAGCAGUGAAAGAAGCGACACUAGCACUAGUAGCAGUAAUAGGUCAGUCAGCAGUAGUAGCCACAGUAGUAGUUAUGAGUCUCAGAGCGGCAGCAGCAGCAGCAGUCGGAGCUACGGCUCCUCAGAUGUUAACGGGUCUGAUACACCUUGGUCCAGCAGUUCUUCGUACUUCAGCCCGGCUCCAAGCGGGGCCAAUGGCAAUGUUUCUGGGCUCCAGUACAAUCCAAAUAAUGCUCGGCUUAAUGGCGACAUUGCACAUGAGUUUGACAGUCCCGACCACAAUGGACCGCAUGGCGAAUUUGCAUCUGAUUAUGUCAGCCCAGAGCCGGCAGUGCCGGUAGAUAUGGUAGUUGAGGAAGGCAGUCCACAGCUGAUUGAAUCUAGUAUCAAUGAGGAUCAGAUGUCACAGCACAAUACACUAUCAGAGAGCAUGGAUAUCGCCAGUGAUAAUGAUAUCAGUAAGGCAGUUGUGCGAGGGGACAUUGAACAUGAUGAUGAUGAUGUGCCAUAUUCUGGUGGGGGAGGUGAUGAUAAUGAUCUGCCUGAGGAAGGUGAACAUCUGGUCCUGUCGGAGCAAGUCUAUGUUUCCUAUUCUGUGGACGGUGACGUACCUGAGGUCUCUGAGCGCCAGAUAAUAACGGAGGCUGCAUAUAUUUCAAAUUCUGCCAGCAACGACGUGCCUGAAGAAGGUGGUUUUCGGGUGGUACCGGAACCUGCUAAUAUUUUAAAUUCUGUGGAUAGUGAUGCGCACGAAGAGCGGGAUAAUCGGGUUGUACCAGAACCUGCGCAUAUUUCAGAUUCGGCUAGCUGUGAUGCACUUGAAGAAUGUGAGGGCCAGGACAUACAGGAGCCGGCUUUCAUUUUAAAUUCCGAGGACAGUGCGUUGUCUGGAGACGGUAAUCAUCGGGUGGUUCCUGAGCCUGUGCGUAUUUUUGAUUCCGUGGACAAUGACGUUCGUGAAGAUGGUGAUAAUUGGGUUUUACCCGCACCUGGACAUGUUUCUGAUUCCGUGGACAGUGACAUACCUGGAGAAGAUGAGCAUCAGGUGGUACCGCAGAUUGAGUAUAUUGCAGACGCUGUGAACGAUGACAGUGCUGUUAAUGUUCAGCAGCCCUUGGACGUUGAUAGCCAGGAUGCAAAUGUGGAAACUGGGAUAGCAGACCCGUCGGCAGACACAAGCGUAUGA